AUGAUCGCGCUGAUUUCGAUGCUCAUCGCCUCUUUCCUGGCUCCUCAGGCGUCUGCCGUCAUCAGCGGAGACCUGAACUGCACCACCUACAACGGCACCGCAUUCGUCUACACGCCGUCCGCCGUCGCGUGCUCAAACGCCAUCUCCGACACGUCGUGCGCCGUCCUCUACCCGGCUCCAGUGGCCGCCGACGGAUACCCGGCAGCCGGAGGAUCUGCGCAGAGACCGUUGGCGUGCUACACCACCGCCACAGCCACGCCUGCCGCCGUCGUCCAGGACAUGAAGAAUGCUGCGUUGACUAGCUGCGCCAAGACUUGCGGACUGUGCUGUCAGACCGACGCCUACUCCUGCGCCAACACUGCUUGUGAGUUCUUGCAUUGGCUGAUGCUCAAUCACAUAACAACAAUAUUAUAGAUCCUCGCCUCAACUGCGCCACAAUCACCACCGCCCAAUGUAAUUCUGUCGCGUGGCGUACGAUCAUCGCCGCCGACUGCCCAUCCGCUUGCGGAUUCUGUAACGAGGGAGGAUGCGUCGACGCGGUCACCAACUGCGCCAACGAUCUGCAGAUCUGCCAAACGAUCGGAAUGCAAGACUUUGUCAACCAGUACUGCCAGAAGACUUGCGGAAGAUGCCCGUCGACCACCACCGCCAGCAGCUCCAGCUCGACCGGAUCCUCGAACUGCUCUUCCUACGCCGCCGAUUCGAGCACCGCCUGCACCGCCUGGGCCGCCAACGGCUUCUGCUCCAACACUUUUUACACGUACGCUCAGCGCAAGGCCCGAUGUGCCACCACUUGCAAACUCUGCUAG